AUGUUUGCAGAAAAAAUUGAUAAUUACAACUUAUGUGUCUCGUCUCUAAAAUCAGAUCCUAGAAGCCUUAACGCUGAUACAAAAGGAUUAGGUCAUAUCAUGUUUGAAAUAUCUUUAGCCAAAGCCAAGGAUAAUCUUUCCCAAGUCCAAAUAUUACUUCAAGGGGUAACAGAUCCAGAUCUUAAGCGAUUACUUAAUGAAUGUCUUGACGAAUAUAACUCAAUUGUUGGUAAUGUAAUGGAUGGAAGCAAAAAUGUUGAUUUAAAUGCUUUCAAUUCUACUGCAGACAAAGUGGAACGCGCAUAUAACGAGGUACAAACUUGUGAAGAGUCAUUUGGAGAAGUACGACGGAGGUCACCUUUAACUGAUAGGAACAAACUUUUUACGAGUGAAAUUGCAGUAGUGGGAUACAUAGUCUUCUCUUAUAAAAAAAUAAUCCUAAAAUUUUCUUCUUUCAUGUUUCAAGAUCCUCUCCAGAUGGGUACUUGUAGUUACCCAUCCAAUUAA